UAGUGAAACGAAAGCUAAAGAAGUGAAAGUGUAGUGUAGUGGGGAAAGGUAAAGCAGGUUUCACUUCAGUCAUGGCUGAGGCGUUGUCUUUUAUGGAGGAGGAUCUGACCUGUCUCAUCUGCUGUGAUAUCUUCACCGAUCCCGUCACUCUGAAAUGUAGCCACAGUUUGUGUGAGGAAUGUCUCAGGAUUUUCUGGAAGACUCAAGACGCGCCGCAGUGUCCGGUCUGUCGCAAGACAUGCUCUCAAGACGAGCCGACCAAGAGCCUGGCGUUCAGAGGUCUCUGUGAGUCCUUCAAGAAGAGAAAACUCACAGCUGUUUUAUCCGGAGAUGUUUGUCCAGAACAUAAAGAGGCUCUCAAACUCUUCUGCCUCGACGACCAGCAGCCCAUCUGCGUGGUCUGCUACACAUCAAAGAAGCAUGAAAAUCACAAGUGUUCUCCUGUCGACGAGGCUGCUGGGAAUUUAAAGGGGGAUCUCAAGACACAAAUAGACAGACUCCAGGAGACCCUUGAGAAACUCAAGAAAGCCCAGGAGAGCUGUGUGAAACAGGUUGAGCUCAGUAAGGAACACACCAGUAUGGAUGAAAACCAGAUCAAGAAGGAAUUUGAGAAGCUCCAUCAGUUUCUUAGAGAUGAGGAGGAGAAACAGAUCAGAUCCUUGCGCAAAGAAAAGGACCGCCAAGAUGGGAAACUCAAGGCCAGAAUGAAGGAGCUGUCCAAACAGAUUUCAGAUCUGUCUGAGAGGAUUGCAGCCGUCUGGCAGGACAUGGAAGCUGAGAACAUCACAUUCCUACAGAAUUACAGUCGCACAUUAAAAAGACUCAAACGGCCAUCUGUACCGAACAAGACCCCUGAAGAAGAAUACCAGCACCACCACCUUCAGACAAUGAUCUUCACUACCUGGGCUAGAAUGCAGAACCUUGUGGAAAAGUCUCCUGUGACUCUGGAUGCAGACACUGCCUCCAGUAAACUCUUGGUGUCAGACGACUGCACCAGUGUCGAGUACAAAAAAAAUAAACUACACGUGUCCGAUAACCCAAAGAGACUGUAUGUGGGAGUGCUGGCCUCGCAGGGCUUCAGCUCAGGUGAGCACUGCUGGGACGUGGAGGUAAGAAACAACAACAACUGGACGCUGGGAGUGGUGGGGGAAAUGGUGAACCGCAAAGUACUUUACAAAAUGGAUCCAAAAAGUCGCUUUUGGUGUUUUCGGUAUGUGGGUAAUGAAUACAAGAAAGGGAAUAAACCUGUCAGCCAUAUUAAAAUCAACGAGAGGCCAAAUGUCAUCAGACUGCAGCUGGACUGUGAGAAAGGAGAGCUAAGAUUCAUCGACCCUUUCAGAAACAGAAGUUUGUGCACCUACACCGGUGGCUUUCCAGAGAAGGUGUUCCCAUAUUUCUGCUCUGGAGAUGUGGACAGGCCACUUAAUGUUUUUGCAGCUAAAAAACAAACCUUGUAAACAAAAAAGGUUUCUGUAAUGUUCUCUGCAUGUGCCAAGAAAAUAAUAAAAUGCACUGAGCUGCAUGCAGUGAGGCUUGGGGCUCAAUGUUUCAUCAUGCAGACCAUUUACUGUGAUGCAUUAAUAGUUAAUAAAUCAAAUUUGAAUGUGAUCAUCGAGAUGAAAUGUGUAUGCCAAUAUAAAAACAAACAGCUUCAUAAUCACA